UGGGGGGAGGGAAAUCAGUGGGUCUGAGUCUUGGAGAAAGCUGGGGGGUUGUUUUGGUUUUUUGUUUUGUUUUGUGUGUGUGUGAGUGAGUGUGUGUGGUUUUUUUUAAGAAGAAAAAAAUAAAGGGAAGAAAAUCCAGCAGAGAAAAGAAGAGAGAGAGGAAUUCCAGCUGUGGAGGAAUAGAGGAGAAGAAGACAGAUAGAGAAGGAAGAACAGAGAAAUACAUUUCAACCAAGAAGGAGUUUUGAUUUAUUUGAUUUUUAUUUGUUUUAAGGAGARAAAAAAAAUCUAUAAGCAGGAAAAAGAAAGAAAGAAAAAGAAAAAAAGAAAAGAAAAAGCAACUGAGAAGGGUUAUAAAAAGAGCAAAUACCAAGAAGGGUGAACAAGAGAAGAAAGUCAAGGCAAGGAGGAGCCCAAAGCUGGCAGAUCGGGAGGAUUUGCAGGGGAGAAGGGGGGGGAAGAUUGGAAAUGCAGCUCUGGAGUUUGCUGCUGCCUCUUGCGCUUCUCUGUACAGCCCUAGCCAGUGGACCCGAAUGUGGGAUGGACGAGCGCUCCCGCAGGGCACGAAGGGACACCAGGCACAGCCGCCAGCUCCUCCACACUGCCCCGGGCACCUGUGCCACCAGGUUAGCCCGAGGAAGGCGCUCCACUGCUGGGCUGGAGCCUGGGCAUGUCCCCCGCAGGAGGCAACAGCGGGAGGUAAAGGACGAAGAGGAGUCCCUUACCCCGAGCAGGGCGCUCUAUUUCAGUGGCCAAGGUGAUCAGCUGCGGCUGAAGGCAGACAUUGAGCUGCCCCGAGAUGCCUUCACUUUGCAAGUGUGGCUGAAAGCCGAAGGAGGACAGAGAUCUCCGGCUGUCAUUGCAGGACUGUAUGACAAAUGUUCUUACACCUCCCGUGACCGAGGCUGGGUCCUGGGGAUUAACACCGUCAGUGACCAGGGGAACAGAGACCCCCGCUAUUUCUUCUCGCUGAAGACAGACCGUGCUCGCAAAGUCACCACCAUUGUGGCACAUCGCAGCUACCUCCCCAACCAGUGGGUGCACCUGGCCGCCACCUACGACGGGCGCCUGAUGAGACUCUACGUGAACGGUGCCCAGGUGGCCACGAGCGGAGAGCAGGUGGGCAGCAUCUUCAGCCUGCUGACCUUGAAGUGCAAGGUGCUCAUGCUGGGAGGAAACGCCCUGAACCAGAACUAUCGGGGUUACGUGGAGCACUUCAGCCUCUGGAGGACAGCCCGGUCUCAAAAGGAGAUCUUGUUGGACAUGGAGCAGGYGAUUCACAGGCCAGACACGCCCCUACCUCAGCUCGUUCUUCAAGACAGUUUACUGAAUGUGAAAAGCACCUGGUCGCCCAUGAAGGAUGGCAGCAGCCCUCAGACCAAGUUCAGCUACCACCACGGCUAUUUGCUGGACACCAGCCUGGAGCCCCCUCUCUGCGGGCAGACGGUGUGUGACAACACGGACGUCAUCGCCAGCUACAACAAACUGCCCAGGUUCCGCCGCAACAAAACCGUGCGCUACCGCGUGGUGAACCUGUACGACGACAAACACCAGAACCCCACCGUCAGCCAGCAGCAGAUYGAGUUCCAGCACCAGCACCUGAACGAGGCUUUCAGCCGCUACAACAUCACCUGGGAGCUGGAGGUGCUGGAGGUGAAGAACUCUUCCCUUCGCCACCGGCUCAUCCUGGCCAACUGCGACAUCAGCAAGAUUGGGGAYGAGAACUGCGACCCCGAGUGCAACCACACGCUGACGGGCUACGACGGCGGCGACUGCCGGCACGUCCGCCACACSUUCUUCAACAAGAAGAAGCAGAACGGGGUGUGUGACAUGGAUUGUAAUUACGAGAGGUACAACUUCGAUGGCGGGGAAUGCUGCAACCCAGAGAUUACAGAAGUCACCAAGACUUGCUUUGACCCAUAUUCACCCUACAGGGCAUACUUAGAUGUCAAUGAACUUAAGAACAUACUCAAACUGGAUGGAUCCACACACCUCAACAUCUUCUUUGCCAAUUCCUCUGAGGAAGAGCUGGCUGGAGUGGCAACUUGGCCCUGGGACAAAGAAGCCUUGAUGCAUCUAGGUGGCAUCGUGCUGAACCCCUCCUUCUACGGGAUCCCUGGGCACACGCACACCAUGAUCCACGAGAUCGGCCACAGCCUGGGGCUCUACCACGUCUUCCGGGGCAUCUCCGAGAUCCUCUCGUGCAGCGACCCCUGCAUGGAAACGGAGCCCUCCUUYGAGACUGGGGACCUGUGCAGAGACACCAACCCUGCCCCGAAGCACAAGCUCUGCGGGGACCCCGGGCCUGGCAACGACACCUGUGGUUUCCACAGUUUCCUGAACACUCCCUUCAGUAAYUUCAUGAGCUACGCAGACGAUGACUGCACCGACUCCUUCACGCCCAACCAGGUGGCAAGGAUGCACUGCUACCUGGACCUGGUGUACCAGAGCUGGCAGCCCACCAAGAAACCGGCUCCCGUCGCCAUCGCCCCCCAGAUCGUGGCCCGCACCGCCACCUCCGUCACCCUSGAGUGGUUCCCACCCAUCGAUGGCCACUUCUUUGAAAGAGAAGUGGGAUCAGCGUGCGAUCUGUGCGUGGAAGGAAGAGUCCUGGUGCAGUACGCCUUCAGCGCCUCCUCCCCCAUGCCCUGCGACCCCUCGGGGCACUGGAGCCCACGGGAGGCAGAAGGGCACCCUGAUGUCGAGCAGCCCUGUAAAUCCAGCGUCAGGACRUGGAGUCCCAACUCAGCUGUCAACCAGCACACGGUGCCCCCAGCCUGCCCCGAGCCCCAGGGCUGCUACCUGCAGCUGGAAUUUCGCUAUCCCCUGACUCCAGAGUCCCUCACAGUCUGGGUGACCUUCGUUUCCCCGGACUGGGACUCCAGCGGAGCGGUGAAUGACAUCAAGCUGCUCACCGUCAGCGGGAAGAACAUCUCCCUGGGGCCACAGAACGUYUUCUGCGACAUCCCGCUGACCAUAAAGCUGGAUGUGGGACAGGUGGGCGAGGAGGUGUACGGGAUCCAGAUCUACACCUUGGACGAGCACCUGGAAAUCGAYGCUGCCAUGCUGAGCUCUGUCCCCCACAGCACCCUGUGCUCAGGMUGCAAACCCAUCCAGUACAAAGUGGUCCGGGACCCCCCUUUCCAGUCUGGAUCUCCAGUGGUCAUCUCAAACCUCAGCAGGAGAUUUGUCGACACGGAGCUGAGCGACAGGACCCCGUACAGAUACCAGGUGGUCAUUGUGUCCGGGAUGGAGGAGAGCGAGCCUUCCCCCGCCCUCCUUUACAUCUCUGGGAGUGGAUACUGUGGAGACGGGAUUAUCCAAAUAGAGCUGGGGGAGGAAUGUGACGAYAUGAACAAGAUCAACGGCGAUGGCUGCUCCCUCUUCUGCCUGCAGGAGCUGUCCUUUAAUUGCAUCGAUGAACCCAGCAGGUGCUAUUUCCACGAUGGUGAUGGCGUCUGUGAGGAAUUUGAGCAAAUGACCAGCAUCAAAGAUUGUGGSGUUUACACUCCCCAAGGCUUCCUGGAUCAGUGGGCUUCCAACGUCUCUGUCUCACACCACAGUGACCAGCAGUGCCCRGGGUGGGUGGUCAUCGGUCAGCCAGCAGCAACCCAGAUGUGUCGAACCAAGGUGAUUGAUUUGAACGAUGGAGUCUCCCAGUACGCCUGGUAUCCCUGCACAGCCAACUUCCAGUACUCCCACAUGACACAGACCAUUUUCUGGCUGAAGGCUUAUUUUUCCCAGCCUAUGGUGGCUGCAGCAGUCCUAGUUCACUUGGUCACUGACGGGACCUAUUACCUGGAYCAGAAGCAGGAGACCAUCGGUGUGCAGCUGUUUGACACCAAAGAGCAAAGCCACGACCUUGGUGUCCACGUCCUGAGCUGCAGGAACAAUCCCCUGAUUAUCCCCGUCAUCCAUGACCUCAGUCACCCUUUUUAUCACACCCAGGCUGUCCUCAUUAGCUUCAGCUCCCAGUUUGUGGCCAUCUCCGGGGUGGCCCUGCGUUCCUUCCACAACUUCGACCCCAUCACCAUCAGCAGCUGCCAGCGAGGACAGACCUACAGCCCCGCGGAGCAGAGCUGUGUCCACUAUUCCUGCGAAGCCACCGACUGCCAGAGGCUGGAGAUCGACAACGCAGUGCUGAACUGCACCGGUGGCACCGGCUGGGACAACGGGGCCCAGUGCAACGUGAGCUGCAGGACUGGCUACAUCCUGCAAAUCCAGAGGGACGAUGACCUCGUCAAGAGCCAGAUGGGGUCCAGUGUCACCAUGACCUGCGUGGAUGGAAAGUGGAACAAGCAGGUGACCUGUGAGCCCGUAGACUGCGGUGUCCCUGACCAGUACCACGUCUACCCAGCCACCUUCAACUGCAGCGAGGGCACCACCUUUGGCAAGAAAUGCUCCUUCACUUGCCGACCUCCUGCUCUUCUCAAAGGAAACAACAGCAACUUGACCUGCAUGGAGGACGGGCUGUGGUCCUUUCCUGAGGCCCUGUGUGAGUUGAUGUGUCGAGCACCCUCCGUCGUCCCCAACGCCGAUCUCCAGACCUCUCGCUGCCGGGAGGACAAGCACAAAGUGGGCUCGUUCUGCAAGUACAAAUGCAAGCCAGGUUACCACGUCCCAGGAUCCUCCAGAAAGUCAAGGAAGCGAGCCUUUAAGAUCCAGUGCACGCAAGAUGGCACGUGGCUGCCGGGCGCCUGCGUGCCCGUCACCUGUGACCCUCCACCCUCCAAAUUCCAYGGGCUCUACCAGUGCUCCAACGGCUUCCAGUUCAACAGCGAGUGCCGSAUCAAGUGCGAGGACGAUGACAGCCAGUCGGGCCGUGGGAGCAACGUGAUCCACUGUCGGAAGGAUGGCACCUGGAGCGGCUCCUUCCACCUGUGCAGGGAGAUGCAGGGCCAGUGCGCUCUGCCCACCCAGCUCAACAGCCACCUGAAGCUGCAGUGUGCCGGUGGCUAUGGCAUAGGCACRGAGUGUACCACCUCCUGUCUGGAUCACAGUCACGAGCCCAUCCUCCUGCGCGUGAACGAGACGGUGCAAGACAUCCAGCACUGGAUGAACCCUCAGAGAGUGAAGAGCGUUGUCUGCACGGCGGGACUCAAGUGGUACCCUCACCCUUCCCUGAUUCAUUGUGUCAAAGGCUGUGAGCCUUUCAUGGGGGACAAUUACUGUGACUCCAUCAACAACAGAGCCUUCUGCAACUAUGAUGGUGGGGACUGCUGCGCCUCUACAGUCAAGACCAAAAAGGUUACACCRUUUCCUAUGUCCUGUGACCUACAAGGAGAGUGUGCUUGCCGGGAUCCCAACGCCCAAGAGCACAACCAGAAAGAUCUCCGUGGCUUCAGUCUUGGGUAACGCCAAGCGACGUGGAAAGGAGGACCACACUGCUCAAGGCAGGCUAGGAGAGACACCACAUCCCUUUUGGUAUCGUUUUUAACAUUUAGCUGCUCAACUGGAUGGCAUUUCUGCACCAGGGACCCUUAGAAUUCAACCAGUCUGCCUUUAAUUUUUGUCCAAGGAGAACUCAAAGUAGGGGUUUAUGUAUUAAUUAUAUCUUAAAUAGUGAUGAUGAGAAACAAACAACCAAGAGUCAAGUCGAGAAGACUUCCAUGUAUCAAAACAGCAUGUUAUGCCCACCUAAAUUGAACAGUUCGUAUCUAGAUUCAAGGCGAGAAACAAACUAUUUAUGUACACAUAUUUAUAGAAAUAAGUAGAGAAAGAGAGAGAGAGAAAGAGUGAGAGAUUAUGAUCAACGCAAAAACACUUCCCCCUCCCCAGCACUCACAACUCAGACCGUUUGUGGAAGAGGCUGAGCUCUUGGAGGACUCUGAGCUGAGCCUUUUCUGAUGCUGAAUGCCAAGGUAUCGCAUGCUCGGGGCACUGUUGGGGUGGGAUCUCCACAGGGCUGGGCCUCUUGGCAAGUGACUUGCCAGGCUCCCAGCCAGCUCGAGGUGUGGGAUGUAUCUGCUCCUCACAGGAAUGCUACUCAGCAGACUGCAGUGGCUUUUCUGUAUAGCUCCUUCUUCUCCCCCGGCCCUCAAAGAGCCAACAAAAA